AUGCAGAUGUCGGCUUCUCGCGAUCUUCCGACUCAACCUUCCACUGACCACACUACUCGCUCUCGGAACCGGCUCUUGACGGAUAUGAAAGGUCGCGCACCUCUACCGGUUCCCUCAGGACCUCAGCAUCUCCAGAACGGUCACUCGCGCAAUCCCUCGGGCUACGACAUGGCUGCCCGGAGUCCUCCAAACCAAAGCAACACGAAGCAUGUGCCGUGCAAGUUCUUCCGUCAAGGAGCCUGUCAGGCUGGACCUGCUUGCCCUUUUCUCCACUCUACAGAUGCCGCGAUCGAGUAUGCGCCCUGCAAAUACUUUACUAAGGGCAAUUGCAAAUUUGGGGCAAAGUGUGCCCUUGCUCAUAUUCUGCCUGAUGGCCGACGAGUAAACAGGCCUAGUGGGGGGGGAAUGGGAAUGGGAAUGGGUAGCAGUCAUCUUAAUCUCGGCGGCCGGGUCAAUCCUCAGGCGUAUGUCAACCAAGACUCCGCACUGACCAAUUCCGUACUCUCGCAGCAACGGAUGAAUGGUCACGACCCUAGAUAUGUCUCCCAACUUCCUUCGCAAGAAGAGUUCGCCGCCCUUCAUCCUCAGCAGCAGCCGCAACCUUAUGACACCAUACCCUCAAUUGACACGGGGCUAGCUUCUGAUGCUGGCUCCAAGUACGGCUCACCUGUUGAGGAACUACGAUUUCCCAUGUCUCCAAAUCACAAUCAGUAUCUCACUGCCCUUGAUGCUCCCCUUCCUGCUUCGUUCGAUAGUCAAGGGAUCUCCCAUGCCGCUCGUUAUGGACCCGUUGCCGCCUCGGUGCCAUCCAGAUUUGGAUUAGAUCUAGCCUCCCCUCCUGCGCAGAGAACGAAUCCGCCUCGAACUUUCCGCGAUCCCUGGGGUGUUGACGUGAAGAAGGUAUCGUCCCCUUUCAUCGGUUCGUCGCCCCCUGGUACGCUUGAGGACGGAAUUGGGCCGCGAUUCUUACACUCUCAGCGACCUCUGAAACCGCGAAUGCUAUCUGCAAGUGUUCCUCGACCCAAUGUUAUGGAUGAUUGGGAGGAGAGCAACUUCCCAAUGGAAGAGGAUUAUCUGCCAAUGAACCUACAUGACGAUGUCCUAACGCCCCAGGAAAGGCUCCGCCGUCUGUCUCGCACGGACAAUGAGCUAAGCUCUAGCCACCGCGACCUCGGCGGAUUGGGCAUGAGCACCAGCUUUUCGAAAGUUAGUUCUCCUCUUGCCUCCAGUCCGUCUCGAUUUGGGGCGCUGUUCGCCAAGCAGCGACAGCAAAAGAAAGAGGAAGAGGCUCAUCAUGGAUCGCUUACGCAUAUUGGGUCUCCUCUGCGGGAGUCAUCCUUGCAAUUUGGUGGAAGCCCCAGUCUCGGCCCUAUCGGCAGUCCACCACGGACCUCGUCAGCCUCCAUGAUAUCCCAGCAGCUUAGCGGUCUAUCACUCCAUCCACCUUCGACUCGUCAUACUCCGUCAAUCAGUGCAAGCAGCCGCCUCGACCGCACUGUGCCAUCUCCCGUUAGCACCAGCAAAAUUGAAGAAGAACAGGAGCAGGGCGAGGGCGAUCUCGUUUUCUCUAUGGAGGAAGAAGACAGCAGUAAACGAAAUGGCAACGAAGAUACCACGCCGACUGGAAAGUCGUCUAGCUUACAAGUUUGA